AUGAGCAACGAAGAAAUAGCCCAUGAUUUCUCUCCCAUGAUUAAAGUCUACAAAGAUGGUCGAGUUGAGAGACUCCUAGGCACAUCAACAGUUCCUCCGUCAACACAUCCAGAGAAUGGCGUCCAAUCAAAAGACGUUGUGAUCUCACAAGAACCAGCCAUAUCUGCAAGGCUUUACAUCCCAAAAUCCGCCACAAGCUCACCCCAAACAAAAUUCCCUCUUCUCGUUUACUUUCACGGAGGCGGCUUCUGCAUUGAAAGCUCAUCUUCUCCCACAUAUCACAACUACCUCAACACCUUAGUCUCUGAGUCCAAUGUUGUUGCCGUCUCUGUUGACUACAGGCUUGCCCCGGAAAACCCUUUGCCGGCUGCUUACGAUGAUUCAUGGGCUGCUCUCAAAUGGGUUGCUUCCCAUUUUGAUGGAAACGGCUCUGAAGAAUGGCUAAACAGAUUUGCAGAUUUACGCGAGCCAGUUGGGGAAGAGUUAACUAUCCCUGAAGCUAUAAGAGAGUAUAUAGCUGCAUUGUGGCGUUUCACUUGCCCUUUGAGUAUCGGAUCCGAUGACCCGCUUUUCAACCCGGGAAAGGAUCCGAAGUUGGGGGAAUUGGGUUGCGAGAAAGUGCUGGUUUGUGUUGCUGAGAAAGAUGGUUUGAAAGAUAGGGGGUGGCAUUAUAGUGAGGUACUGAAGAAGAGUGGAUGGAAAGGGAUUGUGGAGGUCAUAGAAGCAAAGGGGGAGGAACAUGGGUUCCAUUUGUUCAAUCCCAAUUGUGAGAAUGCUGUGGCCAAGAAGAAAAAGAUUGCUUCCUUCUUGAAUUAG